ACUCACGCAACAAAUGCUUUUUUAAAACUAAAUACCUCGCAAACCACAAAUCUAAAAACCCUUCGGCCCCCCUUUCCCCUCCCCUACUUCCCCAUAUCUCAUUCAAACUCAAAACUCAACAAACUACGGCCACGAUAUGCCCACAUAUGCUUAACGGAUUUGCUUCCCACAAAUAGCACCCCAACCGUUCUUCUCGAUAUUGUCACGUGUACUGAUGCAUCCCUGUAGCCACGCAAAACCCAUGCAUUAGCCUUCUCUUCACCGCCAGAAUUCAGGAGGUUGGGAUGGCACUGAUCCUAGAGGAGUUCGCAUUUGGUCCACCUGUCAGCUGUGAGAAGAUGCUUCUGCAAACCGUGCAAGCUUACUUUUCUUUUUCCAGAGUCCAGACGAGAAGACAGAGUCAAGAACCACCUUUUCUUCCUCCACUUCUUUUUUUGUCUUGCAUUUUUUGCAGAAACUGGUGGUUCGUUCAUAACUCCACUCCUCCACGAGUUUCUUUCUUCUUAUCGAUUAUUAUCGAUUGAAUUGAUUGCGGGAAAAUUUAAGAACGGGACGUAAUUUGGACAUAGCGGCGGGCGAACAAGAAUUGAAGCUCUGAACCCCUCAUAACCUGGUGAUACGAGACGAGUAUCGGUUACCUUGCUUAUCCGUAGGGUUUGAGGUUACAUUAUUCACUUACUUUAAUUUCACUCUCAAUUGCUUCUGAUUCUUUUUCGCAACUCUCAAUUAUAUCAUCAGUUCUUCAAUUCCUCUUCUUCUCUUCACAUCAAAGUAACAACUCCAAAAUCCCGCAAAAAUGGGUUGGUUUGAUGGCGCCUCUGAAUCAGGUCGCUCCCACUCCUCAAAACGUCACUCUUCACAUUCGCAUUCCAGCAAAAAACGCCCUUCUUCCUCUCAUUCUACCCAUCACAACAAUUCCUCUGGAAUUCUUGGAAGCGUUCUAGGAGGCACAUCUCCCAAAUCCCCCAAAUCUCCUAAAUCUCCCAAAUCAAGCCAUAGCCAUCGAGAGCGUUCCAGAAGUCGUACGCGAGGCACCGACAGCAUUUUUGGCAGCGGAGAUGCGAAACAUAAUUCUAGUCGGAGUAGUUUCUUUGGCAUCUCGCGCUCCACAUCCCACUACAAGCGUUCUCCUCGUCCCAACUAUUUAAAACGCAUUUAUGCCAAAUUGCGCGAACUCCUGCGCGAUCUCAUCUAUUACAUGAAGCGCCACCCGCUAAAAGUAUUCAUGCUCGUGAUCAUGCCUCUCAUAACAGGUGGAGCGCUAGCCGGACUAUUGAAGAAAUUCGGGGUUAGGCUACCUGGAGGACUAGACAAGUUAAUUGGCGGUGGAAAGGGAAGAGGAAGUGGGGGAAACGGAUUCUUCGGAGGAAAUGGCGGUAAUGGAACUUACGAGUAUGAGAGGAGUAGCGUGAAGAGCACUGGAGGCGCAAUGGGGAAAUUGGGCAUGCUGGCGGGUGGCAUGGAAGGAGUAGGAGGAGCGAUGAAGUUGGCGAAAUUGUUUAUCUGAUGUGGAGUCUGGAAUGAUUGCAAAUUGGAUGAGAGAUGAGUUGACAUGAUGUGAUGAGGAUAUUUUGAUCGGGCUGGAUAUGGCGUUGGAUAUUUGGGUCGACUCUUUUCCUUUUGAUCUUUUCUCUUCUCGCUUUCUUUCUUUUCCAAAAGCCUGCAUUUUUUGCGGAUAUAGAUACCACGAUUAGAGUGAUAGUGUGUGACUGGUUUUGAAUACAAAAGAUUUGGAAUAUAGAUGGAAUUUCAUGAUGUG